AUGGUGGCUAAUUUAUUGAAAGUUGUAGUAUUUCUGGGCGCUAUUGCACUGUUGUCCAGUGAAGUAGCGCAUUGGGAAUCACUAAAUAUUGGAAUUAUCAGACAGAAAGAGUUGCUUCGCCUAUCAUCAACAAUACUGGAUGGUUUACGAUCAGCUGUUAUGAAAAUGCAAUCACUCAUAAAUAUAUGGUAUCUUCCGGAAAACGAUAGACUGAGCGCCAAAAGUUUAUCGUCAUGUGUUUCGCACUGGUAUCCGCCAAUUGGCGAGUGCUUUAUGGAAACUUUACACAGCUGGAGAAAAUUAAACCCACUUAAUAUCACAAAAGAUAUUAACUUGAAAUUUUAUGGUGUUAACUUUUUACUUUUCUUACAGGUGGAUCAUCAGAAAUGUAAUGCAGAUAAUGGUUUGCUUGCUGCAGCUGCACCUUGUACUCUUAUCAAUAAUAAUCGUCCAGCAGCUGCCCGAUUGAUGUUAUGUCCAGUGAAUCAUCAUCGAUGGAACUCUUUCCAUGCCAUUGUAGACCUGUUUCGUCAUGAAAUAAUGCACGCUUUGGGUUUUGGCUUAAUAACUCCUGGAGAAAGUUUAUCUUCCACUCCAGCGAAAAGAAAAUUCCUUUGGACUGAUGAAUCGUCUAAACAGCAUGUAACCGCAACCUACAUGGAUUUUCAGGACGAUGCGGUGAUCGAAGCAAGAAAACAUUUCGGUUGUCAGAAUUUGCAUGGAAUUGAAGCAGAUGGUGACGAUAAAAUACAUCUCAGUGAAUACAUUUAUGGUGAUGAACUGAUGACACCGGUGUUAGCAAAUGGAAGGAAUUAUUUAACUAAAAUUUCCGCUUCCAUUCUUGAAGCAACAAAAAAUGGAGAAAAACAGUGGUACAAAACAAACGAAAGUCUGGUUCAAGCUGAAACCAAAGCAUAUUGGUACGGACGUAAUUGGGGAUGUAUAUUCGCUGAGAGGAGCUGCUAUGAAUAUAUUAUCAGUCGUCUUUCACAUCGGUAUCAUUCAAGUAUUUUUUGA